AUGAAGUUCGUUCUUGCUCUCCUCGCCCUCGUCGCCGUGGCCGCCGCCCGCCCCGGCAGCGUCCUGGACCUGGACUUCGAUGACUUCCACAUUGAUCAGGAUAUUUCCAAGGUGGUGCAGGGAACCUACAGCUGGACGUCCCCAGAGGGAGACAAAUUCUUCAUCAAGUACAUCGCCGACGAUGACGGAUACCGCAUCGUCGAGUCCAACGCCGUGCCCGUCACCAACGGCGUCGCCGCCGACGGCAACCAGGGAUCCUUCGACUCCUUCGAGGAUCCUUCGAAGGAA